CUGCAAGGUGCCCAGGGAAAUAUAAAGAUGUGAGACCCGUGUGGCCAACACAUUGCCAAUCCCAAAAAGAGAUCUUUGUGAAGAAGAAGAUGGUUAAAUGUUUGCUGGGUGUAUUUCUUCAAUACACUUGGUGAUGGUCUCCUUCAUAUAUAUUGUACUGCACGGACGUACCCAAACUUCCUGAGCCCAAACAAAGCAAACUAGAAUGCUAAAAAUGAAUGAUGAUGUAAUUGAGUUCUGUAUACUUCCUGUAAAUGCGCAGCAAACAAUGCUCACUCUGCUAGUCCUUACUAUCACCCUACCGUUUACUGCCAAUUCUUUGAGUUUCACUUCAUAUCCAGUAGAGGGCAGCACUGCUGGAGGCACCUGGAUGACUCUAUCAUUUAAUGGUUGCAACUUGUAUUUACUUCACCUUGUUAAUUUUGGAAAUGGAUCCCACCUUGAAAUAUUCAUGUCAAAUCCACUGAUGCCACCAAUCCCAUGUGAUAUUGAUCCUCUUUAUGCAUUUUUAUCAUCAAUCAAAUGCAAAACCAGGCCCUCAUUUCAGGAAGCCACAUACAAGCUGGAAGUGUAUCUUAAUGGGCAGUCAGUUAAUCAAGAUACAGAAAACUUUUUUACGUAUUCUCCUGCCCUAACACCAAAAGUUCAUGGAAUCUACCCAUCAUUUGGUAUCCCAGGGAGCAUUAUUGAAGUUUCUGGAUGGAUCAUGGCUGAAACAAGUGAAAGCUACGACUUUAACAUAGAUUUUAUCGAUGGCCCAGUCUUUAUGACAUCUAAGGAAGAACACUGGUUCACAGUUUGCUCAUUGGCUAAUAAAGAAUCAAAAAGCAGUUUUCCCAUUCAAGUGGAAAAUGGCUUUGGAACAUUCCAGUGCCAAGUGGAAGGCAAUUCUAUUGGUUCUUAUAAUGUCAGUUUUUCUGUGUUCAACAAAGGAAAGUCAGCUGUAAGCAAGAGUGCCUGGCUUAUAAGUGCAAAACAAGACCUAUUCCUGUUUCAAACAUUCUCAGAAAUCACAUCUGUAACUCCUGUUUUUGGGAGCAAAGGAGGGGGAACUGAUAUUACUAUUUCUGGGAACUCAUUUCAUCAUCCCACUAACAUCAGCAUCACAGGAGUUCCUUGCAAAAUAACAUUCAUGUCUCCAAAAGUUAUUGUGUGUACAACUGGACCCUAUAAUGGGAGACAAAGAGACUCAUAUCAAGGUAACCGAGGGCUACUGUAUGAACUCUGGAAAGGAUCAAAAAUGUUGAAUGUUACAGACAUAUCUUCAGGUACCAAUGCCUUGUGGGUUCCCAAUGCUCAUUCUUCUUCAGACAACCUUUUAGGAUUAAAGCAGCCUUUCAGUGCUAAAUUAAGUGGCUUUUUCGUGGCACCAGAGACAAACAACUACACGUUUUGGAUUUAUGCUGCCAAUAAGGCUUCUCUCUUCUUUAGCCAUUCAGAAGAUGCUCAAGCAAAGGUCCAGAUUGCCUCCAUUCCACAAGGUAUGUCCACAUGGUCUGAUCACUGGGAGAUGGACUGGGAUGAGAGAUGGAAGCAGAAAUCAUAUAAAAUGGAACUUGUUAAAGACAAGAAGUAUUACAUAGAAAUGUUGCAAUUUGGGAGUGGACCAGAGUCAACAAUGGAAAUUGGGGUUCAAAUUCAUAACACAUGGCUAAAUCCAGAUGUAGUGAAUACAUAUCAAAGAGAGAAACAUCAAAUAGUGGCUCAUUCAUCUCGACUUCCUGACAUUCAGAUGAUGACUUUCUCUGGAGAAGGAUUGGUGCAUAUGUGUUGGGGCAAUGUGUCAAGUAAACCUAUCCACUCAAAUUCUACAGCUCAGCAAUUGCAAGCGGCCAUAGAGAAGAUGCUUUCUGUACAAUGUACAUUAGAGAAUUCAGCUGUGGAUAUUUUUGUGCAGAAUGGAUUUGAAGAAGACGCAAGUGAAAUUGGCACAGAUGGAAGAAGAGCUAGCUGGUCUGAACCAUACUGCGGACGAGUCAGCAUCUUAAAUCCAAACUAUAUUCUAAAGGUGUCUAAGUUACAAUCUAGGUACAGAUUGAACAUGUACACUCAUGUUUGUUUUGCAUAUAAAGGAUAUAUGGAAGACUCUAUGAUUGUCUCAUUUUCGUAUAAAAAUAAUUUUAGUUUCACAGUGAGUAAAAACCAUACCUGCCAGUGGAAAUACAAUACAAGCAGCCCAGAAAGCUGGAAAUUUGUCUGCACUGAUCUGUGGGACUGUGUAAAUGGCUCUGGUGCACUUGAAGACAUUCACAGUAACUCGCCCGUGUUUGUAGAUCAGAUUAACCUUCUGCCAGACAACACAAAGAACUGGUUUUAUAUUGAUGAAAUUAUUGUGGCAAAUGGAAGCACAACAGUUUUGCAAAUCAUCCCUGGACCUGCUCGCCCUGGUGGUCAUCUGCUUGAAACAGUUACUGUUACUGGAUCAUACCCUACAUAUAACCUAAUUUCUUUAGUGGCCAACUGCGCCCAACAACUUCCUCUUAUAAAGAUUUGUGGGGCUUUAUUGGGACCUGCAACAGAUAAUUAUCUACAUCAGUCACUGAGAUCUGAAGAUGAAACUAUUGCUCUUACUGUGCAAAGAUUACAAGAAGCAUCACCCCCUAUUGGAGGAACAUUUUCCAUCCGUUUAUUGGAAACUAUUAUACCAGGAAUAUCUGUACACAUCUCUUCUUCCCAACUUAGAAAGAUAUUACGCAGUAACACAGACAAUUAUACUGCACAGUAUAUCAACACUAGUGAUUUCAAAGUGACGAAAGAUGUGAAUACCUGCUACCAUAUUGUCUGGACAUUGACCUGGACUGAUAUGACUGGUGACAUUCCUAACAUUAUCAGUGUAUACUCAGAAAAUCUUACUGGUCUCAAUGCUUCUGUUAAAAGUCGUGUUAUUUUUGAUGGUGGUGUGUUUAUAUCGCCAAUCUUUGGAGAUAUGCUCAGCACUGUACACAUCCUUCCACAGGUUACAGUGCACGUGAAUGAUAUUCCUGCCAAAUGCUCCGGUUCUUGUUCCUUUGAAUAUCUCCAGGAAUUUACUUCUUUGGUCACAGAUGUUUACUACUCCACUGGAAAUGGAUGUGAUUUUAGAGUUGAUAUCGCCGGAAGUGGGUUUAUGAAUAACAGUUUAGAUCUGGAUAUACGCAUCAAUAAAACAAACUGUUAUGUUAUUCACGCAAACACAAGCGUCAUAACCUGCUGCAGUGAAAAAGUUCUACCUCUGGGAGUCUAUUCGGUCAGUGUUCAUGUCAAACCAUAUGGAUUUGCCGUCAAUGGUACCGGAAACAAUAUCUGUCUCUAUGUUACACCUAAACUUUCAGAAAUCACACCAAAAGCCAUCAGUCAAAUUGGUGGUCAGUUAAUGACCAUUACAGGAAUUCCCUUUGAUCAGGUAACACAGGUGUUCUUUGGAUCUCAAUCAUGUCAGAUAAUAGCAAACAAUUCAACCACAGUUAAAUGCUUGGCACCCGCUCAGGAUGAAAAUGUGUAUGAAGUUGAUGUAAAGAUGAAAAUUGGGGAGCAGAGUGUUGUGUUUACAAAGAGGAUAAUGUAUGAGCCGUCUUUAAAUCCAGUAAUUUUAUCUCUAAGUCCAAAUGUAACCAGCUUUGCAGGUGGCCAGACACUUUACAUCAUGAUGUCUCUAACUAAUACUAGUGAAAGUUUAAACAUAAAGGUUGAAAUAAACAACACUGAUGCCAAGAUAAAAAAUGUGACAACAAAUGGGAUUCAUGUUAUUCUGCCUCCGCUUCCAACAGGAUCAUACAACAUUUCAGUUACAAUUAACGGAAUCCAUAUCAAAGCACUUGGGUUUGAGCCUUCAAUCCGGUAUACCCUGGAAACAUAUAGAAUAGAACCAUGUUGUGGAUCAUUCUUUGGUGGAACCAUAAUUACAAUAUUUGGGAAUGGAUUUAGUAUGAAUUCUACCCUGAUUUCCAUAUUUGUUGGAACUAAGCCAUGUGAUAUAGUCAUAUCCACCGAUGAAACAAUUAUGUGCAAAACACCACCAUGGGUUUCUCCUACAGAGGUGAUAAGUAUCCCUGUUCCCCUAAGCAUUUAUAUUUUAAAUGUUUCAGCUGUCCAUAUAAACCCAAUGGAACCAAACAGAAAUAACCUUAUAUUUUUAUACCAAAAACAGUAUACACCUUUGGUCACUAAUUUAUCUUGGUUAAUAGAAGAUGAGAACAUAACAUUUCAAGUAACUGGAUCUAAUUUAACCAAUGCAUAUAUUCAACUGAACAAUUUAAUGUGCAGAUUGGAGCACCACAACGCCAAUGCAGAGUUAUCAAACACAAGUUGUCAAAUACCAGUUACUGACUUUGAAGUAGACAGCUACCCUAUAAUUAUAUACAACAAGCAAAUGGGAUAUGCAAAUUUGACAUCAGAUUUAACAAUAUUUGAACUUGUACCACAUGUGGAUUCUAUAUCUCCUGUGCAAGGUCCUUCCUGUGGUGGAACACUAUUGACUAUUUUAGGCUCUUUCUAUAAAUCUACUAAUAAUUCUAUUUUUGUAGAUCUUACAAGAGAAUAUUUUUGCAGUGUCAUCAGCUUUAAUUAUAGUACAGUUGAAUGUGUUAUCCACACAAAUUGGAUGUUGGUACAAUCUACAGUCUCUACAAGUGUAUCAGUCAUUGUUAAUGGGAUCAGAUCUGCUUGUAGAGGUAACUGUAUUUUUGAUAUGCUUUUUGAACUGACCCCUUUGGUUAACGAAGUAAAGCCAAACAUGGAUUUUACAUCGCUCUUUAUUUUAGGUGAGAAAUUAAGUAAUGAUCUGAUUAUAGUACUGGACAACAGCCUAAGAUGUAAGUUGACAUUAUGGAAUGAAACAACUAUGGAGUGUCAUGAUAAUAUUAGUCCGGGAAACCAUACACUUGAGGUUCUUAAUGCUGGAAAUGGGCAUUGGUGCCUUUCUCAUAAACCCUUUCACUUUGCUACAAACUCACAGAUAGCAAAGUUUUAUCCUAAGUAUUUUGGAAUUCUUGGUGGUGGUCUCCUCACCAUAGAAGGUACAGCCUUACAGGGGAGAAAUAUAACUUUAAUAUUUGUUGGAUCUGAUCUCUGUGCCAAUACAACAAGCAACAAUACAAUGAUCAGUUGCAUUGUUCCUCCUGGAAAUGGAAUAUUGAAUAUAACAGUACAAAUAGAUAGCGUACUCUUUAUUAUUGGGACAAUACAAUACCAAGAACAGUACACGCCAGUUGUGCAAUCUGUACUACAUUCCGACAGCAACAAUCUAACACUUAUUGUGUCAAGAAUUACAGAUGUACUGAACAUACAUAUUUUUGUGGGAAAUUCAUCCUGCACAAGUCUAUCGGGAAACUCUUCCUUUCUGCAAUGCUCUGUUCCCCAACUUCCUGCAGGGAUAUAUGAUAUCAAAUUCCAUGAUGCUUAUAGAGGUUGGGCAUUCUCAAAUGCCAAAUAUACAUCUCCACUUGUAAUCAUGGCAUUAAAGAAUAACAUUGGUUGCACAAACAAGAGGAUGCUUCAUAUUCAUGGGAAUGGAUUUUCUCCAGGCCAUACGUCAGUUUCUAUCUGUGAGACGCCAUGUGAGAUACUUGAAUAUCUUUCAACUCCAUCUAGGAUCUAUUGUUUUAACUGGCAACUGCACAAGUCACUGGGGUUUUUGUGUGAUUUAACAUAUGAGGAAGACUGCUACAGACCGCGAUACACAUAUAUUCACUGUGAUGUAACGGUGCAAGUAGGAACCAUACAGGAAUCAAGGUCCUUGGCUUAUGUGCACAUCUGUAAUGAUCCAAAAUGUUCUGUUAUGUCCUUGCAAGCUAAACAUGACCCCUUCUAUCAAACAACUAUCAUUGGACUCUUUAUCAGCCCUAAAGUGGAAAGAGAUGAAGUUCUCAUCUAUAAUAGCUCCUGCAGCGUUACCAUGGCAACAGAGGCAGAGAUGGAGUGUCAAGGCCCUAAUCAGCCAAUUACUGCAAAGAUUACUGAGAUACGGAAAAACUGGGGCCAGAGCACUCAGGAUGUCUUGCCAAAGUUUUGCAGUCUAUGGUCUAAGAAUUCCAGUUGGCUAUCUGGUCAUCCACCAGUAGAUGGCGACAAUGUCACAGUGGAGAGAAGGCAGACUCUGGUCCUCGACACAAAUACUAGCGUGCUCAACCUGCUACAUGUCAAAGGUGGCAAAUUGUUAUUCCUAGCACCAGGACCAGUGCAGCUUCAUGCACAUUAUAUUCUGGUAUCUGAAGGUGGGGAACUCCAGGUGGGGACAUUGGCUCAACCAUUUACUGGCAAAGCACAAAUAUCUCUCUAUGGAAGUCCAUUUUCUUCCCCAUUCUAUCCUUAUGGCGUUAAAUUUCUAGCUGUGCGGAAUGCAACAAUAUCCAUGCAUGGUUGGGUCCCACAGGUAACAUCUACACAUCUGGCACUGAAUGCUCAUGCUCAUGAUAUUAUAUUGGCUGUAAUGGAACCUGUAGACUGGCGCGCUGGGUACAAUAUUGUCAUCUGCGGUGUAGAUUUUAGAGGCUACAAAAUGCAUGAAGAGAUUUUGACAAUAGAAAACGUAAACAACGCAUACAUUUCUGUCCAGAGCCCUCUAAGAUAUUCCUAUGAGAUUUUAGAACAAUUUGUAGACGAACAGCCAAUAACGCUAAGGCCUAUUAUCACUCUGUUAAGCAGAAAUAUUGUUGUUCAAGGGAACAUCACAAAGGAAAAUGUUAAUAAUCAUCUGGAAUACAACCAUCUAGAUAUGUCAGAUAUUCCUAAUAGUUUUUAUGAUGCAAAUGAAGAGAGUCUGGGAUCCAGGAAUCUGGGAUCAGUCCUUAUUGUACAAUCUUUGUACAAUGAGCCAAGUCAAGUCUUCAUUUCAGGUGUUCAAUUUCAACACAUUGGUCAAACUUUCAGAAGAAAACUUAGCGGCAUGAAUAUUGUUGGCAAUAUCUUCAUGACGGGUUCUUAUAUACAAGGAUGUGUUGUGCUGAAUUCAUUUGCAAGAGGCCUUAGUAUCUCAGGAGUUUCGGGUUUUAAAGUGGAAAAUAAUAUAUUCUACAACAUAAAGGGUCAUGGAAUUCUUGUGGGUGAAUAUUUGGAGGAAGAUAUUGAGAUUAAAACGAACCUCCUAAUAAAAAUUUCAGGAAGUAAAGUUCUGUCCAAUACUGAGAUGUUAGCUCCGGCAGCCAUUUACCUUAGAGCACCUUCUAACAUCAUUGAGGAUAACACAGUUUGGUCUGCUGGAUAUGGUUACUUAUACCACCUGUCACCCGAUGGACCCUCUCGAGCACCUCUGAAGUCAUUUAAGAAAAACAAAGCCAUAGCCUGCUUGAGAUCUGGCCUUUGGCUGCACCCAGAACAUCAGCCUUCUGAUUUUGAUGCAGUGGCGGUAAUCCAAGGUUUCACUGCUUGGAGAAGCAGAGGUGGCAUUCAGAUUUCUAGAUGCAGAAAUAUAGAUUUCAGAGAUUUUAAUAUUUAUGAUUGCAAAGACUUUGGAAUUAAUAUCAUUGUAAGCAACGGGAGGAUAACAAUUUCUGAUAGUUUAUUGCUUGGGCACAUUCAUGGGAAGAAUGAUGGCUGCAUGAAGAAUGGGAUACAAACACCAAAAAACUUUCAAUCUGUAUUUCUCUAUAACACAACAUUUGUGAAUUUCAACAUGACAACCUGCAUUGCUAUCAGUACCUGUACAGAAUGCUCUAAAGGACAAGGUGGCUUUACUGUUCAAAUCCAGCAGCUGAGGUUUUUAAAUUCACCCAGACAAGUGAUGUUCCCCUUCCCACAUUCUUCCUUAAUUGAAGACAGGGAUGGUUCUAUAUCUGGGCUAGAAGGAAGUCACCUCCUUGCCUCUGUUGACUUACUUCCAGAUUCAUGCAAGGAAAAUAGCAAUAUCACUGCAACUAUUCCUGGCAGCGUUUGUGGAAGCAAUGUUGUCUUUCACCGUGUGUCCAUAGGCCUAAGGAAAGCCCCUGAUUUUAAUUACAAUUUGACUGUCAUCAACAGUAUGAAUAAAAGUAUAGAUGUAAAUUAUGCUGAAGACACAUUGUCUAAUCUAUAUGGCUGGCUGGUCCUGUUAGUGGAUAAAGAAAAAUAUACAAUUAUAUUUGAUACCGCUAACAUGAGUAAGGAACUGCAGUACUCAGCCACUUUUGACAACUUUGGAACUGGGAAUUUCAUGUUGAUAGAACACACAAAUUUGUCAAGUCUAUUUGAGAUUCAUAUCAGUUGUGGUUCAAAAUCCGGCCAACAUCUUCAAUCUCUUCCCGAACCCUUGAAAAACAGUGCUUGUGACUGGUAUUUUGACAAUAGACAAGGAACAGUAACCUACCUAGUUGCAGGUGAAGGACGAGUGAGCUUGAGUUUCUCAGCAGAGCAGAAGAUGGCAGUGCCCACAGUAGUGCCAAGUUCUCAACCUCAAUCAGUUUUCAAGUGGUCAUCUCCAGAGUCUUGGAAAGGAGUUGAAACACACUGGGGAGGAUAUAGUUCCAGCAUACCGCUGCCUGGGGAUGAUGUCAUCAUAUUACCAAACAGAACCAUUAUUGUAGAUAUAGUUCUACCACCACUACGAGGUCUCUAUGUGCUUGGAACUCUGGAAUUUCCCACAGAUGCUAGCAAUGUCCUUAAUGUGACCUGUAUCAUCAUAGCGGGAGGAGAACUGAGAGUUGGCACAGAACAAAAACUGUUUGAGCGAGAGCAGAGUUUGCAGAUCUUUCUCCGUUCCUCUGAAGGAAUUCACUGUGAUCGUUUGGAUUCUCUAAAUGUGUCCUCGGGAGAAAUAGGGGUCUAUGGGAAGUUGCAAAUGCAUAGUGCGUAUGCCAGCAAAUCGUGGACACGUCUUGGAGCAGACAUUGCGCCUGGAAAUGAAAUGAUAGUAUUAAAAGACACAGUGGACUGGAAACAAGGGGAUACUAUUGUUAUCAGCUCCUCCUCUUAUGAAGCCCAUCAAGCUGAAAUGGUUCAGCUAAGAGAAUCACAUGGUCAUGUAGUUCGGAUCUGGGAAAAGCUCAUCUAUAGACAUACUGGUGACAUUUACAACAUAGAGGAUACCUGGGAAUUACCUCUCUCAGCUGAGGUCGGACUCUUAUCACGCAACAUUCAAAUUAAAUCUGACAUUGCAUGCUCCAGUAGAAUAGUGGUUGGACAAUAUAAACAGCACAACGGAGUGGAAUAUUCAGGCAAUAUACAUCUAUGGAACGUUGAGAUUUCAAAUGUUGGCGUUUAUCCACAUUCGUCUGUCAACUUUAAAAAUACAGUACAUAUGUCUUCCAUUGUAUCUUCAAGCAUCCACCAUAGCUGCGGAGGUGGAAUUGAAGCAUUUAGCAGUAAACAUAUUUUAAUACAUGCUAAUGUCAUUUGUAACACCCUUGGUCAUGGGAUACACCUAACGGGACAAAACCUGACACUCACUGAUAAUCUUGUCACGCUAAUUAAACAGCCUAAGGAUCAAUCACACUGGGUAACUGGUAUUAAAGUUAAUUUUGUUGAUAGGGCAAUCGUGUAUGGGAAUGCAGUAGCAGGAUCAGACCGCAUAGCUUUCCAUGUCAGGGGACAGCAGUGCUUUUCAGAAGAAAGACUUUUGUCUGGAAAUGUGGCCCAUUCAAGUCUUCAUGGUGUUCACUUUUAUUGGGAUGAUGGCUUCCAGAACUGUACAAAAAUAUCAGGAUUUCUAUCUUACAAAAAUUUUGACUAUGGUUUAAUAUUUCAUCUCAAAGGGGAUGUCAUCAUAGAAAAUGUGAUACUUGCAGACAAUUCAGUUGGUCUACUUCCCGUUGUCUCUGUGGUUUCAUCAGGUUCCUAUAAACAAAUGAGGAGACACAUACUUAUCCAAAAUUCUUUGAUAGUUGGAACAAGUCCAGCAUUUGAUUGUAUAAUGGACAGAAUAAAACCUUUAAACAUUGACUUUACUAUGAAAGACCGUGCUCCACGAAGCCCAUUCAGAGGUCGCGUUGGUAUUCUCUGGCCUAUAUUUACCAGCGCACCCAAGCAAUGGCCAGAUUACCCAUGGCACAAACUGGGAAGCAGUGGAGCAGAGUCAGGAAUCAUGAAUCUACAGGAUGUUACAUUUUCUGGCUUUACUACAACCUGCUAUAGCAAUGAUGGUGACAUCUGUAUUAUGUCUAAUCCGCACAACAUUGGCAUCAUGAGCCCAAUCACAGCAGAAAGAACCAAAAUGACCCACAUCAAACAUCAAAACUUGUUAUAUUUCCAUUCAGCACUAAGCUCUCCUGAUUGUCCUUCAUCGAAGGAAUGCUAUGGCACACAAAAAGUUCUGUUUAAGGAUCUUGAUGGUAGGUCUCUGGGUUUGACUCCCCCUGUAACUGUCUUUCCAAAAUCAGAAAUGGAGUCAUGGAAUUCUUGUUUCAAUACUGGUAUCUACAGGAAAGAUAGUAAGUGUACCUACAAUUCUGAUCUACAGGGCCACAUCUGCCAGCAGAUUGACCACACAGUUGUAGUCCUUGAAAACAUUGGUCAUACCACUCAACCAAUCUCCCCAGUAUUAUCCAUAACAAGUAACUUUAUAGAUGUCUUUAUCAAUGGCAACAUUUCUCGAGAUCAAUGCUGUUAUUCAACAGACCAUCCAAAGUUUUAUUCCGUCCUACCAGCUAGCAAGAUAACUAAGGUUUGUUUUAAUGGUCCAACUCCAAAGGCUAUGAGACUAAAACUAAAUGGCAAUCAAAACACUACCAAAAUUGUACUGGCAUUAUUUUAUGACACCCCACAGAGUUGCUACAUUUCAACCAGAGGAAAAAAAAUUAUAUCAAAUCUGUCUGUUACUGAACCCACCUUUGAAAAAGAAGAACAUGGUUCAAGUUUUUUUAGCUUUAGCAAAAACCUGUUGUAUGUAGUUCUUCAAGGAGAUGAACCUGUAGAAAUAUGGACAAACUUAUCGAUUUACCUGGCUUUCUAUGUAGUGAAGGGGACAGCAAUGAACAUCCAUGGUCAGCUUCUGAUAGAAUUGGCAAAUUAUUUUGGCAUUGACCAAUCACAGAUUACCGGCCUGCAGAUAUUGCAGGGAAAUGUCAAAGCCUUAAGAACAAUGACUGAUAAUCAUGCAAAGAAGAGCCUCCAUUGCUCUACAGUUUUAUCAGAAGCAGAUGAAAAAACACACUUUAAGUAUAUAAGGGAAAUGAAAAAAAAUGUAGAAUACAGCAGACAUUUGAGGAGUAUAGAUGUAAGCUUUCUGGAAUUGCUAAUUGUGGAGAUCGGCAAUCCAGUUGCACCUGUGUACCACACAACAGGUAUUAAACUUGUUCCUCUGCUGACGUAUGAGAAACUCCAACUGAUUGCAAGCACUGUUAUUGAUGAUUUACAAACUGGUGUUUUAGAGAAACUCAUACCUAUGAACGUUGAUUCUUUAAUGGUUAUAGAGCCAGAUGAUUCCUCAUUUGGAGGCAAAAUUAGAAACAUUAGUGAACCAGGAUCAGAAACAAGGGCGUUUGUGAGACCACACAAGAUUCACUUACAACAGCAACCAUCAGAUGGAAUUCUUGGUUUACCUCUUGCAGUGCAGCCUCAAGUGAUAUUCCUAGAUGUAAAGGGAAAUCGUGUUGAGAAUUUGGGCCACCCACUAAAUCCUUGGAGUUUGGCAGUUUAUCUCAAAGGUUAUUCAAGUAAGGAUCUAAAGGGUAAAUCUGUUAUUCCAGUCCAAGAUGGUUGGGGAAACUUCUCUGACUUGGCUGUCUCCAGUUCUGGCUCAAACUUUUAUCUAAUAAUUAAUGUCACAUCACCUCAAGGGGUCGCAUUCGCAGUGCAGUCCAAGGAAUUUAAUAUUUUCCCUGUAACUACUGGAGACAAAGAGAACGUAUUCAUGCUGGUUGUGUUAACCUCUGCUGCCUCUGUGAUCGCAUUGUUCCUUUUCUUGUGCUGCUUCUUCAAAAGAAACAAAAUUAAAAUUAAAAAACAAAUUGGAAAACGAAAAUAAACUAUGAGGAAGAAAGUUCAGCACCACAUUAGUCAAAAUGUGCCAAGAACAAAAAAAUACAUUCUUUUUUAUUACUCUUGGACUUGAAGAAAAGCAUGGUGAUAGGAAUAUGGACUUAUGGAAUUCUGUCUAAUAAUAAAAACAAGAAACUGUUCUACUCUA